CACAGGAAGUUGCACUAAGGAACUGAAAAGUAGCUAUACAAUAUACUUGGAUACAGGAAACAAAGGGACGUAGAAGUUAAAGCAAGCUGACAUUCAGGACAGGCGAAGUCAUAGCAGAAGCAUGAACUUAAUCCCAAGCUUCUCUUCAGAGACCUGGAUCCUGCUAGCUGUAUUUUGGGUUCUCUUCUUAAUUUACGGCGUCUGGCCUUAUGGAGUAUUUAAGAAGCUGGGAGUACCUGGCCCUUUUCCACUUCCAUAUAUUGGAACAUUUCUGGAAUAUAGAAAGGGUGUGGCACAGUAUGAUAUGGAAUGCUUUAAAAAAUAUGGAAAAUUAUGGGGACUGUAUGAUGGAAGACAAGCAGUUCUUGCAAUUCUAGACCCUGUUAUAAUAAAAACCAUUUUGGUAAAAGAGUGCUACACUAAUUUCACAAACAGACGGAAUUUUGGUCUUAAUGGCCCCUUUGACUCAGCCCUCACAAUUGCUGAGGAUGACCAGUGGAAAAGGAUUCGUACAGUGCUCUCACCUACUUUUACUAGCGGGAAGCUGAAGGAGAUGUUCCAGAUAAUGAAGGACUAUUCUAACACACUGGUCAAGAACAUACAAGUUUAUGUUGACAAAGAUGAGCCAUGUCCAAUGAAGGAUGUUUUGGGAGCUUACAGUAUGGAUGUUGUCACCAGCAGUUCCUUUGGUGUGCAUGUCGAUUCUUUAAACAAGCCAAAUGACCCUUUUGUUACAAAGACCAAGCAGCUUCUAAAGUUGGGAUUAUUCAGCCCUUUGCUUAUAUUUGUAGUUCUUUUUCCAUUCAUUCGUCCUGUCCUGGAGUGGAUGAACGUCUCCUUGUUUCCAGAAGACUUUCUGAAUUUCUACAUGAAUGCUAUUACUAGAUUCAAGGAGAAGCGCCAGAAAGAAGACCACUCAGGGGUGGACUUCCUACAGCUCAUGCUGGAUUCAAGGACAGAAGACAUUAAUGAUACGAACAAAGAACAAAAAGCACUGACAGAUUCAGAAAUAAUGGCCCAAUCUGUUGUUUUUAUACUCGCUGGAUAUGAGACCACUAGUUCGACACUGACCAGUCUAUUUUAUAACCUGGCAACACAUCCUGAUGUACAACAAAAACUUCAGGAGGAAGUUGACUUAUAUCUGCCCAACAAGGCCAGCCCCACCUAUGACAUUCUGAUGCAAAUGGAAUAUCUGGAUAUGGUGAUUCAGGAAACUCUCCGCAUGUACCCUCCUGCGGGAAGAGUGGAGAGGGUAUCAAAGAAAACUGUUGAAAUCAAUGGUGUUACCAUACCAAGAGGGAUGGUCUGUAUGAUCCCAGCAUAUGUGUUGCAUAACGAUCCAGAAUACUGGCCAGAGCCCGAGGAGUUCCGGCCUGAAAGGUUUAGCAAGGAAAACAGAGAAAAUCAUACUCCAUACACCUUCCUGCCCUUUGGAGAUGGACCCCGAAACUGCAUUGGAAUGAGAUUUGCUAUGCUAAGCAUGAAAGUAGCAACGGCUGCCAUCCUCCAGCACUUCAUCUGUCGACCCUGUAAAGCCACUAUGAUCCCUAUGGAGUUGAGCACUCAAGGUUUCAUGCAGCCCAAGAAGCCAAUUAUUUUAAAAUUUGUAUCUCGAGCUUGAAGAGGGAACAGCUGGAUUCAGAAUGUGUCAUCUAACUGUACAU